CCACCGAAGGCUAUCGUCACAUCCGCUAUUUUCCGCCAUCCCUGCGCGUCUAUUGUUAUCAUCAUACCUAAUUGCUACAUAGUAAUGCCUUAUUUCACUGGCGUGCACGAUGCCUCGGACCUUCUAGUGGACGCGAGACACGAACCAUACACAGAUAUUCCUCUAUCUUCAGAAGAGCCAGAUGUUUUGAUCUCUCCGCCACGCUCUCCUAGUAGACUUGACUUCUUUCAUGAAGAAGGCGGCGCUGUUGGUUGCUCUGAAUCAGAUGUAGACGCAGAACUGCCGCUUUCGAGGGUCAAGUGGGCACGCAACCUCUUCCGUAGCGGCCCAGCACUCGCGAAAUUCAGGGAGGAGGAGGACAGCGACGACGAGCCUCUCAUUGGUCUACCAAUCCUCCACGUGAAUGACCACAGCACCAAUUCCCAGACAAACUUCGAAGACGAGCUCCAAUGCGUCCCAUUCCCACCUUCACUUCAGACAGUCACCAUGGAGCCAUUGGCACCAGAACCUGUUCGCCAUGCGACACUUCCACAAGAAACAAAGGUGCAAACUCCAACUCCUGUGUCACGUCCCCACUCGCAGCGUCUGAACUACCCUCACUGCGGAUUUUCACGAAGUGCCUUGUUGCAUCAAAAGUCUUUCUGGACAGCGCGCUAUGACGAAUGGUUGGAAUGGCAGGCCAAAGAAGUGAAAUGGCGAAUAGACCACACUAUAUGCGCACAAGACCCUGGAGGCGCAUAUACUGCCAUCACGCUCAUGGAUAGUCACUUAUUCUGGACUGAGGUCUAA